UUUACUCAAUCUCCCGCAAUGCACCGCGAGCAACGUCACAAUCUCGCGACCCAACGUGGAUUUGCAGCAACCCAGCGAAAGAGGUUUAUCGAGAAAUAUAACACAUUUUCAACUAGUUUUGGCAGCUGCAACUACAACAGUGUGUGCGCGAACUUUAUUUUAACCUCCGUUUCCACGUCAUUGGUCGCUUGAACGUUUCCGGAAGAAGUUUUAACUCGGAAGUUUCAGUUGUUCACGAGUCGCACGAGCACACAGCAUGAAAAUUAAGAUUCUUCAAGACCAAAAAUCAGCCAGCUUUCUGUUAGACGCUUCAUUGCUGUACAAAGACAAAUGCCCUGAGCUAUCACGGUUCCUCUUGCAGUGUCCUGUGAAGGCAAACGCACCAUGGAAGCAGAAAUCCUCCAGUCUGCUGCAGAGCGACUCGGUGUGUCCGUACUGUUAUCAUGUGCUGCAGCCUAACAAUUACCGGAUGCGGCUGCGUCCCAAACGGCGUCCAUCAGCACGGGUGCAGAGUGUCCUGCGCAGGAAGGCCAGGGGCAAACGACUCAGCCUGGUGCAGAAAUGUCUGCUGCAACGCUUCCAAAGGUCCUCCUCUGUACUGAUGGCCACUUGCCACACUUGCAAUCAAACAUCCAGACACAAGGGAAUGAACAGGGAGCUUUUAGCUACCCUCGCCAAGACCCACAGCACACCGGGGAGCGCUGGCAAACACAAGACCCCACAGUCGACCCACAGAGCCAACAUGACAACCCCAAAGGCUCCUGGCAAAGACAAGACACCUGCUCAUACACCUAGGUCCUCCACCUCUUCUAGCGCUUCAGGGUCAGGCUCAUCUUCAUCCAAGACUCCUUCUAAACCGAAAAAUUGGGUUGUCCAGCGUCUCAGCAAGAUACUCAUGCGAGAGCACAACCAGGACAGCAAGAAGGGCGGCCUGAAAGAUUUUCUCUCCUCACUUUGAGCAUCUGACCCUUGUCUUUAUGUAAACUCUUAAACAUAAGGGGUUAGACCCACACUUGUAACCUGUUUACACCAAAGGCUAUAGGAGAACUUUGGUUUCCGGAGCCGGUGUGGGAAGUGUUGAAGUCUGCCCACCAACACAACUAUUGCUGGGCUGUUUGGAAUGGCACUCCUGGUAUCCUGAAUGCAGCAACUGGGAGCCCUGGGCUGGCUAUUUCUGCUAUUAAUCAGGGUUACUGUGUCUUCUGCUGAGCCAGUUGGAGGAGAAUGCUUCUUUGUCUAACUCAACACAUGCAUCUAAUCUCCCAAACUGGGGAUGUUAUUUUACGUGCAAUGUUUGAGGAAUUAUUCGGUAUUUAUUAAAUGGCUGAAACCAAACUGUGGUUUGUGGCACGACAGGCUGGUUUACAAGCCGAUAUCCUUCUGCAUUCUACCUUCAGAUAAAAUGUACCUUUUCAUAUAAUACGUAUAUAUAAAACUAUUUCGUAUUCAUUUUCACUUGAUAUCUAAGCUUUUGUAUUUUAAUGUAUUUACUUUCUUUAUUUCUUUGGCCCUCUAGUGGGGAGAUCGGUAUGACAUAUCGCACAUGUCGUUGCAGUUUUGUGCAUGCAUGAAAAUGAUUUUGAAGCUGUGCACAGUGAAGAUAUGUGUUAUUAUCAUCUAAAAUGGGACUCAUAAAUUGCUGUUUACAUUGAAUAGGCACAUCUGCCUAAAACCUGUACAGAAAGACUUACUGACAAUCCAUAUUGUCAAGACUUAACAUUUUCUUUUAAUAUCUUUGGCUAUAUUUUUUUUGAAAGGUUACUCUUUUCAUAUUUUUGUUAAGAGCAGAAAUUUGAAUACAUGUCCUGCAUUUUGUACUUUCUGAUUACUUACCUGUUUUCCAUUAGCUGAUCAAUGUACAGUAUGUGCUUAAAUCCUGAAAUACCUCUCAUUUGUAUUCCACCUACACCGUGAUUCACUGAAAUAAAACAUUUUCAGUCUGUGAAA